AGGGAUGAAAGGGAAGAGAAUCGGGUUGCGGAGGAGACGGGGCAAAGACCCUCCAAAUAAAAGUGGUCGGACCAAGCAUGAUGCAAAGCAGACUGGCUAAAUUCACUAGAGCAGUGGAUUUCAAACUUGUUUGGGUUGCUGCACUUGUCUUGACUUUAGAUGCAGCUUUUGUGGAAGACUUGGAUGACUCAUUUAAAGACAAUCGUAAAGAUGACAUUUGGCUUGUAGAUUUCUAUGCACCUUGGUGUGGCCAUUGCAAGAAAUUGGAGCCUGUGUGGAAUGAAGUUGGUAUAGAGAUGAGAAGCAGUGGUUCUCCAGUAAAAGUUGGGAAGAUGGAUGCGACUUCCUAUUCUAGCAUUGCCUCUGAAUUCGGAGUUCGAGGUUAUCCAACAAUUAAGCUCUUAAAAGGUGAUUUGGCAUACAACUAUAGAGGACCUAGAACCAAAGAGGAUAUAAUUGAAUUUGCUAACAGAGUAGCAGGGCCUCUUAUCCGGCCACUUCCUAGCCAGCAAAUGUUUGAACAUGUGCACAAGAGGCAUCGUGUACUUUUUUUGUAUGUUGGUGGGGAAUCUCCUUUAAAGGAGAAAUACAUAGAAGUUGCUUCAGAACUAAUUGUCUAUACGUACUUUUUUUCUGCCUCAGAAGAGGUGCUACCUGAGUUUGUGACACUUCCUGAAUUGCCUGCUGUUGUGGUCUUCAAAGAUGGAACUUACUUUGUAUAUGAUGAAUAUGAAGAUGGUGAUCUAUCAUCUUGGAUAAACCGAGAGAGAUUCCAAGGGUAUCUUAAUGUAGAUGGGUUUACACUCUAUGAACUUGGAGAUACAGGAAAACUUGUGGCUAUUGCGAUUAUUGAUGACAAAAACUCUUCAGCUGAGCAUACCAGGCUAAAGUCUGUUAUUCAAGAAGUCGCUAAAGAUUACAGAGACCAUUUUCACAGGAACUUCCAGUUUGGCCAUAUGGAUGGUAACGACUAUAUUAAUAGCUUACUAAUGGAUGACUUGACAAUCCCCACUGUUGUCGUAUUGAACACUUCCAACCAACAGUAUUUUCUACCAGAUAGACGCAUUGAGAGUACCGAAGACCUGGUUCAGUUCAUUAAUAACAUCUUAGAUGGUACAGUCGAAGCACAAGGUGGUGAUGGGUUUCUGCAACGAAUCAAGAGAAUAAUUUAUGAUGCCAAGUCUACUGUAAUGUCUGUAUUCAAGAGUUCUCCACUUCUGGGCUGCUUUCUCUUUGGUCUGCCACUGGGUGUCAUCAGCAUCAUGUGUUAUGGAAUCUGCACAGUUGACAGCUUUGGAGGUGUAGAGGAAAAUGAGACAUCUAAAAAAGAAACUGGAGAUAGGGAACUUACAGAUGAAGGCAGUGAAGAAGAACAAGAGCAGGAAAACAAAGAAAAAUCUGCAGAAAUUUCAGAUGGAGAACAUGGACAGAAACAUAUAUUUGAUAAGAAACAAGACUAAGUUGCUUAGUUUAAAGGAUUCUGUAGAAUUUCAAAAUAGCCUUAUUUAUUGAAGUCAGUCAUUUAAUGAUGAUCUUCACAGAAGAGGACCUUUUGUCUGUAUUUUGCUAGUUUUGACUUGCAUGUAUUCAAAUCUUCUUAUCAAAUAUGGUCGGGGGGAGGGUGGGGACCUGAACGCUUUCUUAAUUAUUUUUGAUUAACAUUUUAUUAUUCUGAAUGUUGUCUCUGAAGAUUAAUGCUCCUAAACUGUUUGUUUGUUCACAGGCAACAAUCAGGUAAAAUAUGCUAUAGGCCUUGCUACACAUGAUGAUCUAGUAAUGUUGUGGCUGACAUAUAUCAGGAUCAUCUUUUUAUAUGAUCAUCUUUUCCAGAAGUGGAAAAAUUGCAGGAAAGCUUAGAAUGAAAUAGGUAAAUCUUACAGACCCUUUGAAAUUAUGAUGGCUAAAGAUGGCUUGGGCUUUCCAUAAAGACACUUUUAUAUUAGCUUCUGCACAUUAUUUUGAAAGAAAUACCUUUUUUAUGUUUUAAAGUUAAAGAUAAUUUGUUAUUAAUUACAGAAAUGCUUUGUUAUAUGGCAGUACUAAAAUCAAUUACUGGCAGUUUUCCACAGAAUUUGUGUUAAAUGCAAGACCUAAGAGAGAGUUAUUUAUUAAAAUAGUUCCUUACUAACUAAUAUUUUAAACAAGAAAAAAUUGUUUGGGGACUGCAUUAUAAAGAAGUUUUGUCAUGGGAAAGUCAGUCCUGAUUGGGCUUUACAAGUAAAACUUACUAUUUUUUUCCUAGUGUAAAUUAUCUACAGAUUCUAAAAAAUCUGGGUGAAGCUUGAUGGUGGAAGAAUAAAUAUAAGCAUCCUCAGACAGCUAAUCCUCUCAUACAGAUCUGUAAUGACAGUCUUUAACCCAAAUACCUUUUCAAAACUUUUUUUGAAUGGUUUAUGAUUCACAAUAAUCUUAGGCUAUGUCUACGCUGGAAGAAUUUUUUCACCAAGACCUUAAAGAAAACCGCUGUUGUGUGUUCACCUUGUCUUCCACUGGUGGGAUAGCAUGCUCACUCUUGCGGCACUUGCAUCGCCAGUGAGAGCAGUGCAGUGUUGGUAGCUAUCCCACAGUGCAGCUCUCCCCCUUCUGCCGCUAGGUCUUGUGGGAAGGCGGAGGGGAUCGCGGCGCAAUAUGGGUCAGGGUUCAAUGCCCCGUGAUGUACUGCUUUCUGUCCCAGCAUUCCAUGUGAUUCGGUCUUCAGUUCAUGGCAUUUUUCAAUGUCCCUUGUUUUCUGCUUUCCCCGCCACAUCUAUCUGCAGGAAUGGAUUCUGCACUGCUCUCCACUGCUCUGCUAGCUCUCAUUAGCACGUCGCGAGUGGCAGUGGCGUUAUAACGGCAGUGGCAGUCACAAUUGCCUGACGUGGUGUCCGACAUGCAAAGCAGCAACAUUAGAUUGUUUCUGACCUUCACAGAGGAACUGAACACAGUGGAACAUCACUUUUGGGCUCGGGCAACUAGCACAGAGUGGUGGGAUCGCAUCGUUAUGCAAAUCUGAGAUUACGCACAGUGGCUGCAGAACUUUCAGAUGCCCUGGAACUGUGGGCUGAGCUCGCCCCAGCCCUGCCGCGCAAGGACUCCCGAGUGAGAGCUGCCCUCUCAGUGGAGAAGCGCGUGGCAAUCGCAGUGUGGAAACUGGUGACUCGGGAACCAGUUUGGAAUGGGGAACUCGACUGUUGUGCCUGUGUUAAUGCAAGUGUGCAAGGCCAUUAAUUGCAUCCUGCUGUGAAAGACCGUGACUCUUGGCAGUGUGUGUGAAAUUGUGGAUGGUGUUGCAGAAAUGGGUUUCUCUAACCGUUGAGGGAAGAUAGAUGGCACGCAUAUUCCAAUUCUGGCACCAGACCACUUUGUGAUCAAUCAGAAGGGAUACUUCUCCAUGGUUUUUCAGGCACUUGUGGAUCACUGUUGGCGUUUCACUGACAUUAACGUGGAGUGAUCCAGAAAGAUGCCCGGCGCAUGUAUAUUUAAGAAUACUGGCCUGUACAAAAAGCUGCAAGCAGGGACUUACUUUCCAGACCAGAAUAUCACCGUAGGGGAAGUCAGAAUGCCCUUAGUGAUCCUGGAAGACCCAGCGUACCCCUUAAUGCCAUGGCUUAUGAAGCCAUACACGGGAAACCUAGAUAGCAGUGAGGAGCAGUUCAACAGGCUGAGUAGGGGCAGAAUGACCGUUAAAUGUGUGUUUGGCCGAUUAAAGACGCACUGGUGAUGCCUAUAUGGCAGGUUAGACUUGAAUGAGGAAAAUAUUCCCAUGGUUAUUGCUGCUUGUUGUUCGCUGCAUAAUAUUUGUGAAGGGAAGGGCGAAUGGUUUACUCAGGGGUGAACUGCCAAGGCAGAAUGCCUGACUGCUGAUUUUGAGCAGCCAGAUACCAGCGUUGUUAUGGGGUGUAACAAGAAUCAGGGAUGCCUUGAGGCAACACUUCGAAGAUGAAAACCAGUAAUUUUGUUGCUAUGCUUGGGACUGCAAUGAUUAAUUACAUUUCAUAUGCUAGCAAGCAGUUGUGAUUAAGACCUAGGAUUCAAUGUAAGAAUCAUAGAAUAUCAGGGUUGGAAGGGACCUCAGGAGGUCAUCUAGUCCAACCCCCUCCUCAAAGCAGGACCAAUCCCCUGUAGUUAGUAAGGAACUAAUAAAAGUGCCUGUUGACUUGCAGGUGCCAUGAGGUAUCAUACCUGGCAUGGAAACAAAUAAAGAGUGCUCAUAAUUCAAAACCUUUGCUUUUAUUGCCAAAUAAACCACAACACCAUAUGGACACACAUACACAGGCACGCUGUUGGGCAAGGGGGGGGAGAGGAAGGGGGCUGAUUUUCAUAGCUGAGUAUAGGUCCAGCUUUCAUUUGAAAAGCUGUGUGCGAGGGUGGCGUGUUGAGGAAAGUGCAAAGGAAUGUGUAGAGAUAGUUUGGGGAGUGCGUGAGAAAGAGUUCUAAAUGUGAUAAAGGGGAAGGCGGCCACGCAUCUGCUCAGUCUGCAGUGUUACAAGAGUCUGGAGCAUGUUCGUUUGACAGUCCAGAACUCCAGCCUCUCUAUGGCAUCCCUAUUGUAAGAAUCCCUCUCUUGUCUUUCCUGCUUUUCGCUUUCCCUCCACUUCUUGCGUUCAGUGUUUUCUGCCUCUGACUGCUGCAGCACCACCUCGAACAUAUCUUCCUUAGUCCGUCUCGGCCAUUUCCUUAUCUUGCGCAGAUGCUCUGCUGCUGUUGGGGGAGGGCGGGCAGGGGGGGUUGGUUCUCAAGGUCAAGUCUGGAUAGGCAUAAUUAACAAUAAACAGAAGCACUAUUGUCAACUACACACAAAGCAUUGAAACAGUAAUAUUAAUACACUGCAGGUAACAUACCUAUCACUUUCUCAGUGAUCCUAGGAAGCACACAUGAGGCAGAAGACCCCAUGAAUGGUGAGUGAACCCAGGGGCAGGGGCCUUUUUUAUUGCAGAAAAGCAAUCUGAAAAUGUCGUGGGCACUUAUAGGGGGCAACACUCAAAACUUUCCCACCAUUUUCCGUAGGCGGUGGUCACUAUGGAUAUCUCACUCCUGAGGGGAAGCAGGGAAGCAAGGGUGGAUCUGCUACAUGCUUGCGGAUUCCGCCCUGUUCCCUGUGUUGCUUGCCUGGGCGCUUCCUGUCCAAGUAAUUGCAGAGUGGCGAGGGAAAGUGUCUCUCAAUGGGAGAAGGAACAAAGCAGCUCUGCCAAGGAACCUCCGGCAGAGGAUUGCUGAGUACCUCCAGGAAAGUUUCCUAGAGAUCUCUCUGGAGGUUUCCCAUGAAAUCUUGGCAUGCAUCAACUCCCUGUUCCACCGUACUGCCUAACUGUGCGGGGAAAUGCCCGGCACACAGAAACAAAGCCAGCUUUCUACAUUUUUCUGCUCUCAACCCACUUCAGAACUUCACAAAGCAAAACCACUUACCAGGGGUCUUCUCUCCCACUUCUGGCUCACCAGAGAGCAACUGGAGUGGAGGACAACUCCUGACUGGACGUAUCAUUUGGCUCCACAUCUUCAGCCUUCACCACUUCAUCAAUGACCUCCUCCUCUGGGUUAGGUCCAUUUCCCACUGGCUCAAGACCCGCCAAAGUAUCCACGGUGUUUUUUGUGGUGGAGGUGGGCUUGCCACCUAGGAUAACGUCCAACACCUUAUAAAAACGACAGGUCUGGAGCACAGCACGGAGAGACAGUUUGCCUCCCUUGUCUUGUACGCGUUCCUCCGCUCCUUCACCUUUGCUCUACCCUGUAGUGUGUCCUGGUCAUAUCCCUUUUCAUGCAAGCUGCGUGCAAUCUGACCAUAGGUAUCGAAAUUGCUACAGAUGGGGCCCAGCUGGGACUGGACAGCCUCCUCCUCCCCCCAAACACUUAUCAGAUCCAGUAGCUUUGCAGUGGCCCAAGCAGGAGAUGGUUUUCUGUGUGGGGCCACCAUGGUCAGCUGGGAAAAUGCAAUGUGAGCUCUGCAUGUCGAGCAAACAGGAAGGGGAAUUUCAAAAUCCCCUGGGCUUUAAAGGGGGAGGGGCAGAAUGUUGUUUACCUGGCAUCAGGGCAGCAGAGUUGAAACUGCCGACCAGAGUGGUCAGGAUGAGCAUUGUAGGACACCGUCCGGAGGCCAGUAACAGCGCUAAAAUCAAGCACAGUGUCUACACUGGCACGAAGGGGCUAAAGUCUCGGCGCAAAAAGGCCUAAAACUCUCAUUGGGGUGGUUUUAUAACAGCGUUGCAACUGAGGAGUUUCGGGGCAAGAAGUGGCUUUACAGUAUGUACGCCUCUGCUGUUUUGUUGCCAAAAGCUGCCUUUUGGUGAAAAAACUUGCCAGUGUAGACCAGGCCUUAAGUGUAGAUUGUGACUUAUUUUUAAAGAGAAAAACAUUUUUAUUUAAACACACAUUUUUGAACACGGAUUGGUGUUGAUACUUACAUUUGAAAUAGCAUUUGACUACAAGUUGUAGACUGUGGAAGGAAAGUUAAUGGAGCCAUUGUUAGCACUGAUAGAGGGAUAUUUGUCAGUGGAAUGCAUUUUCGUGAGUUAUUUAACCAUGAAAGUCAUUUUUAAUACAACCCCAUGACACCGAAUGGGACUAAAUUUUCUCCAGAGUUGAGAUCUCAAGGGAUAAGCCACAGAACAACCUUUGGUUUUUUUGGUUGGCAUUGAUGCCAUGGAGAUUACCAUAGCAACCAAACUUAUGCUGCUCUUUCUCUCAGUACUGAAGCUAUAUAAGAUUCAGUUGGAUAGUGAGCCAUGAGCUUUUCUAGCUUUGAUGUUUUUAAAGGACAUAUUAUAAUAUAAUACAUAUAAUAAUGUUUUCUGUAUAAGGCAAUUUAAUCACUUAAUAUAUUAUAUGCUAUAACACUGAAUUAAGAGAAAUAUUUCUAAAUAUAAAUAUGGAUAAUCUUAAAUAGAAGAUUUUGUGUUGGAAUUAGUCUGCAGGGAAAUUGAAUUUGAGAUAGCAACUGCUGCAUUCUUUUCUCUGUUGUAAAAGAAAGUUGGUUCUUCUUUUAAAAUAGUUUAGUAACACCUGGCUUUGUACAUAAGCUGCAGUGCAGAACACAACAAACUAAAUGCCUGACUUGAGAGACUUUGCAGUGGAAGAUGAGUACAUCAUGGAGAUUAAUAACUUAUUUUCAGAAAGCUCAUUGGUUUUCGUUGAGCUGUGCUAAUUGACAAAUUUAGAAUCCUGCAUUUUCAUUUUCUUUAGGAAAGAGAUUCUCCUACUGUCCGUGCUUGAAAUGAAUAUCUUCCUGUAGAACAGAGAAACAUGAGUACUUUUACUUAUCAAAUAUAAAAAUUGCAGGUGUGUAGUAUAGCUUUUUUGGCCUGCCCCAUGUGAAUUUCCUCUUUCUAUUUAUAAUAGAAUAAAUAUAUUUUAAAUUUGGGUAGUUUGGUUGUAAAUAGAAAAUUGAGUUAUCUUUCUAAACACUUUUUUUUAAGCUGUGGAAGACUUUCCAGACCUUUUAGUCUUAGUUGUCUUAUAUUUGAAGAGUGAGAUGCUUGUAGUUACUUUAUAUUUUGUUUCAAAACUUCUUUAAACAUAGUGCAGGUGCAGUUGUGUUAUGUUACAAAACAUUUCACUUAAUAGCAGGCCACUUGAGCUUCCAGUAACUUUCAAUGCCGGCACAACUCAGUGCUAAAUAAUCAGAAUGAGUCUGAGCAGUGAGGAAUAUCUUGCUGCUUUAUCCAUUAUUUGUGAUUCUGCCUUUUUAUUCCGCUGUGGAGGUUUCAGUUAAGAUAUCAGUCUUUUCAGUUAGUUAUUUGAGCCUGAAUGUAUAAUUUUGUACAAGGUCAAAAAUUAAAGUGGCUUUUUUGGGACUUCACUGGUCAUUGUGUUGUGUUUAGAAAAAUCUAGAAUUUUUUAAAAUCUCCCUCUCUUCCCCCAGAAUGCUGUUACAUAGAAUUCAGUUUUAACCACCACCCCCAUAUGACUUAAUUUUCCAUAGUCGUCUUUUGUCAAUAGUUUCUGUUGCUACAAUAGUAGCCAAACACUUUGUUGAGAAAUGGUCCAGUGAGAGAUGGAACCUGGGGAUGAUACCUACAUGCACCAUGAGGGAUAGAACUCACUAGUGCCUGGUAUGGAAGUAACAUUAAACUGCCAAAUUUCUGGUGGUUUGAUCAGUUGGAGUUAAUAGAAGGGCAUGUGUCUGUCAGUCACUUUAUGAAUUGUCAGGAUAACCAGAUGUGUACUAACCUACAGAAAUCCAAGCUUUAAAUGCACUGCUCUUUUCAUCAGGCUGUGCUCCCAGCUGUGUCCGCCUAGGAUGUGGAAAACCACACACAAUCUUCUUCUAUUUAAAAUUCUCUUUUUAGCUUGAAACAUGGGUAAAGACAGGCUUGUGGUGUAAAAUGAAAGGAUUUUUGUUUGAUCAUGUAAAGAACUUAGUAAACUGAGAGGGGGAGAGGGUUUGCUAUUUUAUCUUGAAUGGAUGCAUUCUCUAAAGGUUUCUGAAGAUAACUUAAUGUACUAACUUCUUGAAUUAAUGAAAUAAUGCUGCCUUUGAGGUCAAGUGUAAGCCUUUGUUUUCCUACAAUAAAGAAAUUGAAAAGA